AUGUUGUGCUAUACAAUUUCAGUUCUUAAGAAGGUGCACAUAGUGGGCUUAUGCAAGUUGGCACAAAACCCUUCACUGAGAGCGUUAAAGUUCACCCCUCAAUUUAAAUCGAUGGCGAUAGAUAGCACAUACACAUUGGGCUCUCUUGUUGUAUGGCUUUUGCAUCCUCUUAUGGAAGGAAGGUUCGUCUGCACUCCAUACCCUUGUAGCCGGCUGUUCAAUGGUGAACGUGAAAGAAACUUGGAAAGACUGUCUUAUAAUCUGAAGUGUGCUGAAGAAGAAAUUCGUUCUCGUGCCCGUGCUUUUGCUUUUGCCAGUGCCAAAGCAUUUUAUUAUGCUGGAAGCAACAGUCGUUAUGCUAUGCUUACCUGUUCCACUACUUCGGCUGCUUGUUCGGUUCCGGUUGCUAGUCGUAGUGGUAGUAAACUUGCUGCGGCUGUUGUAUCCGCUCUGGUUUCUGCAGUUUCUGAAAUAUCUAUUAUGGUUAAACCUAAAGUAUUUAAUUUGCCUUCAACUUUUGUUGAUGGUAUGGUCCAAACUUUUAUUUCGCUCUGCAUUUCAUCUAGCUCAACAGUCCCCUAUUUUCAAAGUGGUAUAACGCCCGGUUUAGUACCCGUUCGCGCUUGCGUAUCAGUCAUCGUCGCGCUGGUUAUUUUAGCAAAGUCUACAGACUUGAUUGAUCGAUCUGCUCAGGAAGCUAUGGAUUGGGAGUGCACUUGUGUUUCGUCACCUGCACUUUCAACUGUUUCCAUGAUUGUUGAAAGAAGAAUAUCGUUCAAGCUACUUAUUGAUAUAUCUACUUCAGUGUCAGGUUCCAUUAUCGGUAGCUUUUCGGAAAAAUCACUCGGUGGUUCAACGAGCACUACAAUGGAUGAGGAUAUUUUGAUGGUUACAGCUAGUGGUGAUUCACAGCCCACCUUUAUAGAGGAGGAAAUUGUAGUGGAAGGAUCUUCUGAUUCACCCGCUGACUUGUUUGCUUAG